CACCAUAUUUGGUAAAUCAAAACUAUUUUUUUUAAGGUACCUGUUUGUGCUAUUGCGUCUUUGAACCUAGACCACAAAUGAAAAAAAGAAAGAAAAGGAGGUUAUUAUCAAUUUCAAGAAUAAAUGAGCAAUUACUGCAAAGCACCUUAACCACGUAAAGCAAACAGAAAUUAUCCCAAAAUGAAAAAGUGUAGUAAAUCUGAUAUUAAUUCUUUAUCAAAAUGGAUAUUGGACAAAAUGGCUACAUUAUUAUGCUCAUCCUCAAUUUAUGUGGAAUUAUCAUAUCAAUUCCCAUAAUAAUUAUCCCCCUCGUAACAGUUAACGAAUUUUGCCGUGAGACCUCAUUGUCAAUGUUUUUAGUUGCUGGAAUAAUGAUAUUAACGUGGUCAUUGGCAGGUUUUAUCAGUUCAUUAUGUUGUUGGAGAAUUGGUUUUCAAGAAUUUAUUUAUAUGAGGUCACAAGUUUUUAUACUUUUUAUAGUAGUUCUAUUGGGAACAAUGGCAUGGUGGCAAUCUAGAACAGAUUCUCGUAUGUACACUUAUUAUAAUUGGGAAGCUUUCAAGAAUUGUAUGGUUGAGAAACAAAUUUGUCAGAGAAAUUUAGGACAUGGGUUGGAGAUAUUUUCUCCAUUUGCUUCACAUUCCCUUCAGGAUGCUUGUUGCAAGUAUCCCAAGAUGUGUAAUGGUAAUAAAAGUGCAUCUGAAAAAGAGAACACAAACUCACAUGACCCUUUCACUUGGAUGGAAAUAUAUGAUGGUCUCCCAGCCAGUAAUGACAAUCAACAAAAAAAGUCUAAUGAAACUCAUGAAGAUUGUAGUAAAUGGAGUAGUGAUACCAAUCAGCUUUGUUUCGAGUGCUAUGCAUGCAAAAAAGGCUAUUUGGACAAACAAGAUCAGAAUUGGGUUACUGCAUUGUCAAUUUGUGUUGUUAACAGUGUUGUGCUUCUUUCAUUUUCUUGUUACUUUUAUAGUAAGAAUUUUGAGGAAGCUGGAAGGGGAAAUACAAAAAGCAGCAAAGUCCAUCCUGCUGAUGUAUAGGGUGCAUGUAACAACUUAUAGAGAUGUUACAUGUUUAUCAUAUAUGUAUGUUUAUGUUAAAGAUAAUUUGUAGUUUCUUCUUUGGAGAACACGUAAUUAACCCGUACUUGUACCUAUUUUUCAAGAAGACACUAGUACU